UGUGAGACAUGUUCUAAUUUAGUUACAUUUUUAUUAUUUUUAUUAUAAGGCCUGCUGAAAAUGACUGAGUAUAAACUUGUGGUAGUUGGAGCUGGUGGCGUAGGCAAGAGUGCCUUGACGAUACAGCUAAUUCAGAAUCACUUUGUGGAUGAAUAUGAUCCUACGAUAGAGGAUUCCUACAGGAAACAAGUAGUAAUUGAUGGAGAAACCUGUCUCUUGGAUAUUCUUAAUUCAGCAGGUCAAGAGGAGUACAGUGCAAUGAGGGACCAGUACAUGAGGACUGGGGAGGGCUUUCUUUGUGUAUUUGCCAUAAAUAAUACUAAAUCAUUUGAAGAUAUUCACCAUUAUAGAGAACAAAUUAAAAGAGUAAAAGACUCUGAAGAUGUGCCUAUGGUCCUAGUGGGGAAUAAAUGUGAUUUGCCUUCUAGAACAGUAGACACAAAACAGGCUCAGGACUUAGCAAGAAGUUAUGGGAUUCCAUUUAUUGAAACCUCAGCAAAGACAAGACAGAGAGUGGAGGAUGCUUUUUAUACAUUGGUGAGAGAGAUCCGACAGUACAGAUUGAAAAAAAUCAGCAAAGAAGAAAAGACUCCUGGCUGUGUGAAAAUUAAAAAAUGCAUUAUAAUGGGUGUUGAUGAUGCCUUCUAUACAUUAGUCCGAGAAAUUCGAAAACAUAAAGAAAAGAUGAGCAAAGAUGGUAAAAAGAAGAAAAAGAAGUCAAAGACAAAGUGUAUAAUUAUGUAAAUACAAUUUGUACUUUUUUCUUAAGGCAUACUUAAGUAAAAGUGGUAAUUUUUGUACAUUACACUAAAUUAUUAGCAUUUGUUUUAGCAUUACCUAAUUUUUUUUUUCUGUUCGUGCAAACUGUUAGCUUUUAUCUUAAAUGCUUAUUUUAAAAUGACAGUGGAAACCUCUUUUCUCUAAGUGCCAGUAUUCCCUGGGUUUUGGACUUAAACUAGCAAUGCCUGUGGAAGAGACUGAAGACCUGAGACUCUGUCUUGGGGUUUUGGUGCAUGCAGUUGAUUCCUUGCUAAUUCUCUUACCAGCUGUGAGUGUUGGUGUGAACCAGAGUAAUGAAGCUUUUGAACCAUCCCUGCUCUGUGUUUCAUCUAGUCACUGAAUGAAUUAAUUAGUAAUUACAGCUUCAUCUGAAACCUUAUGGUUGGUUCUACUAAGACUGAGGGAUCACAGAUUUAUGGGCUUCCCUUUGAUUCACUUCUAGCAUGUCCGAGAGUUUAUCAUCCUUCAUAGUGUAGUUAGUUAGACUGUUCACAAAGGCUUUGUCUUGCUUUCCACUGCUAUUAGUCAUGGUCAUUCUCCAAAAUAGUAUAUUUUUUCUAGAAAAGGGGAAAAAUGAAAAAAAAAAAGCAAUGGAAAAUAUUGAAUAAAAGUCCAUUCUAUGUUAGCUAAAUUACUGUAAGAUUCCUAGUAGCUUUUCCUGGUAAGGCAAACCCAGUAAGAAAUAAUAACCAUUUGGGCUAUAUUUACAUGCUACUAAAUUUUUGUAAUUCAAACAAUUUUAACAUAUAUAAAAAGUUCUCAUAAGAAUUAGUAUAAUCCCCUUUGUCAGAGUGUUCUUUCUUAGCCUAACUAUUUUAAGUCUUUUUUGAGCUUUAGUCCUUAAAAGUAGCUUUAAUUUUGGUUGAGAAGUUUAAGAUGAUUUGAGACAAUUACAGCUUAGCAGGCGUUGAGAUCAAAGUUGCAAGGCUGGGCUUUAUGUGGACCUGUGAUGAGCGUUUCUGGGUUUUAUAGUGCUGCUGCAUUCAGUGUUGGUCAAAAUGGGGGACAAGGAGAGUUUGGACAGCUCAGUACAAUUCAUUCUCUUCAUAUAACAAUCCUGCUGACAAAUCAAGAAUGUUUCUUUUGUUUAUAAUAAUAAUAAUAAAAUUUAAAAAUAAAUUUCAGUGUUAGCUUCGAGGCUGAGAUUUGGGGGUAGGAGGCUACAAGGGGAGUAAAUCUUGAAAAGAAUGAAGUAUGAAAUUUUGAAAAUGCAUGGUUGACUAGUCUCUCAACUGUGAACAAACAUUGCUAAGUACUUCCCAAAUUUGAUAUGUAUUUAUCUAAUGCUUUAAGAAUAGAUAAGUUAACAGCAAAAAACAAUCCCUUCAAUGCACUUAAAGCACUCCUUCAAAUAUUUGAAGUGAUAUUAAAAUCCACUGGACUAUGAGGACUGGAUGUCUGUCUUUUGGAAGUCUGAUUUUAGGCAUAUCACUGUCUACUUAAUAUUAAAUCAUCUCAAAGACUCUUCACAGCUGUGUAAUUUAUAGUCCGUUUACACACUGAUACACCGAGUUGUCAAACUCAGCACAAUCUGUAACUUUUUUACAUGAAUUAUCAUCUUCACUGCCAGUCUUAUGCAAAAUUGUGCAAGAGGUAAAGUUUGUAUUUCAGGAUCAAUUCUCCAGUUUCAGGACUCCCCUCCAACAUAUGCCCCUUUUAAUACUUCAAGUUUUAUUUCUGCAGUGAACAACUCCAUGAAAAUUGCCCACUAAGGGAAGGUACAUCAAAGCUGCCUAUGACUUUCUUUCCCAGGGCUUAAAUAAUCCAACAGAAACCAUAGUGGGAUUUGAACUAAUAGCUGGUUUUCAGGUGGCCACUACAGAAAUUUAAUCUUGAUCCUUUGGACUUCAUGCCUGCAGCCCAGUCCCCUCGUGGCUAGGUAGGAAUUUUCAAAUUAGUGUGAACAGACAGAACACUGUGGAAGGAGAGCUUAAUAUUCAUCUAGGUUUCAUCCUGGUUGAUAGAGUCCAUUGUUUUAAUAAAUACAGUCUAAUAGUGAAAAACACUUUAAGUUUCAAUCAUAAAGUUUAUUUUUAAAGUCAGAAUUUAUUUACUCAGCAUUUAUUUGUGCUUGUCUUAUGCUGGGCACACACAAGGUACUGGGGAUGUGAUGUAGUAUCCCCAGAGAAGGGACACAAUCCUUGGCCAGUGGUAUGUAGUGUGUGCUGUAAUACUUUAGUAAGGUGUAUGGCACAUGACCUAGAAAUAAUAGAAUACAUGGUCUUAGUUUUACAGAGAGGAGUUUGUUCUCAUAUUUUUCUCUCAAUUAAGCAAGAAUUGUUUGUUGUGAUUCCAAUGCAACUCUUUAAUUGAGCUGCUUUAUGUAAUUAUUUCAUUUUUCUAAAAAAAUAGAAAUUCCCUAAUCUAGUUAUCUCCUUAAGUAAAUAAUUAAAAAGAAAAACCUUACAAAAAUUAAAUAUUGACUUCUAAAAUAGCUUUAUUUGGGUACAAAUAAGCAGGAACCUGAGUUUAUUUGCAAUAAAGGAAAUAAAAUCAGUAUGAUUUCUGAAAUGCUCUAAACUAUAAAUGUUCAUAGAACAUUCUUUUGGUGAAUAUUAAGUCUUUUUUUGGGAGGGGGUGGCGUCCAAGACAAGGCUUCUCUGUGUAGCCCUGUCAUGGAACUUGCUUUGUAGACUAGGCUGGACAGAGAUUAGCCUGCCUCUGCAUCCUGAGUGCUAGGAUUAAAGGUGUGCACCACCACUGCCAGGAUAUUAAGUCUUAACACAAUUCGUAAUACUAUACAAGGAACAGGUGUACUUAAGGAGCUGCAGUGCAUAGUCAGAUAUCUACUGAAGACAGUGGAAUUUUUAAUGUUUCUGGGCAAUGUGUUGAAGUAAUGGUAAUUACCAUUAUGUAAAUUUUGAAUUGUUAGCCUUUGUUAAUAAAAAGGUUUUGUAGAGUUUUUUUUUUAAGGGAAAAAGUCCUAGAAACAAACAUAAAUGCUGUCUAGUUACUAUAGCCUUAAGUUCAUUUGAAAUUGAACACCCGUGCUAAAUCAGUCAUAGGCAUGGACAUGUUUGUGGGAAGAAUAUAGCAGACAAAUACCAUUGAGUAAAUGUUUUCAGUCAGGAAGUCGAGGCUCUAUUGACUGAGUCACACUGCAUAAGAAUUGAGAUCCUAACUUUUAUAGAUUAUUAAGACCUUUGCCACCAUUGCACAAUUUCGUCUAACAUACAAGUUCUGUGAGGCAUGUUUAAAGUUACAGUUUGCACAAAUUCAUCUCAUUUUGUAUUCCACUGAUUUUCCAUUAUUUUUCCCCAAACAGUAGUAUAUAUUUAGGAGGGGUUUUUGUAGGCAACAAAAAUUUAAACUCCAUUUGUUAAAAAGUAGUGACUUCUUGAUAAUUGUGUAGUCAUUUUUUAAGACCCAAGAGUUACUUUAAAGGUGAAUUUAUACUUAAUAACUUCUGUGUAAUACUGGGUAGCAUGAAUUCUGCACUGAAAAACUGAACAGAUACACCCAGUAGCUGUAAAAUUCUGUCAAAACACGAAAAUUAUUUCUAAAGAAGUACACUAGUUUUCAAAGAAUAGCUAUUAAUUAGAUUCAGAUUUGUGGUUUAGUUUAAUAGUUUGAAGUGCCUGUUUGGGAUGGUGGUAGGCAUUUUAGAUGAAUUUGGGAAAAAUAAAGUUCUCCACAGAAAUGCCAGUUUCAGACCCACCCACCCCCAACCAGCUAAGUGGGCCAUAUGCUGAUUUAUCUCCAGGUCCCUAGUUCCACUGUCUCAUGUUGAAAACACUUCUGCAUUUUUAUUUGAGUGCCAAUUUCUUACUAGUGCUAUUUCCUAAUGUAACAUGUUUACCUGGAAUGUAUUUGAACUAUUUUUGUAUAGUGUAAACUGAAACAUGCACAUUUUGUACAUUGUGCUUUCCUUUUCUUUCAUUUUCUUUUUCCUUCCUUUUUUUUUUGUGUGUGUGUGUGUGGGGGACAUAUGCAGUGUGAUCCAGUUGUUUUCCAUCCUUUGGUUGUGCUGACCUAGGGAAUGUUGGUCAUAUCAAACAUUAAAUUUAAAAAUGACCACUCUUUUAAUUAAAAUUAACUUUUAAAUGUUUAUAGGAGUACGUGCUGUGAAGUGAUCUGAAAUUUGUAAUAUUUUUGUCAUGAACCGUACUGCUCCUAAUCAUUGUAAUGUAAUAAAAAUAGUUAUGGUGACUA